CACACGCUAGCUCUCCGGGCAUGCGCAGUGGGCGGCGCCGCUCCGGGCCGCCUCUUGCCGCCGCCGCGAGUAGGAAGCGCGAGCGCGGGGCGCCGGGCUGUCAGUGAGCGUGGGGCCAGCCAGCGAGCGAGAGAGCCGGAGAGAGCCAGAGAGAGCGGCUCCGCUCCCAGCUCCGAGCAGCGCAGCGCCGGCCCGGCUCUCCCCGGCCACCGCCGCCACCACCGCACCUCUGCACCGCCACCUCGGCCGCCGCCCCCGCCCACCCCGGCCCUCCCCGGCUGCUGCUCUCCGGCGGAGGCAAGAGGUGGUUGGGGGGGACCAUGGCUGACGUUUACCCGGCCAACGACUCCACGGCGUCUCAGGACGUGGCCAACCGCUUCGCCCGCAAAGGGGCGCUGAGGCAGAAGAACGUGCACGAGGUGAAGGACCACAAAUUCAUCGCCCGCUUCUUCAAGCAACCCACCUUCUGCAGCCACUGCACCGACUUCAUCUGGGGGUUUGGGAAACAAGGCUUCCAGUGCCAAGUUUGCUGUUUUGUGGUUCACAAGAGGUGCCAUGAGUUUGUCACUUUCUCUUGUCCGGGUGCAGACAAGGGGCCCGACACUGAUGACCCCAGGAGCAAGCACAAGUUCAAAAUCCACACUUAUGGAAGCCCUACCUUCUGUGACCACUGUGGGUCCCUGCUGUAUGGACUUAUCCACCAAGGCAUGAAAUGUGACACCUGCGACAUGAAUGUUCACAAGCAGUGUGUGAUCAACGUCCCCAGCCUCUGUGGAAUGGAUCACACAGAGAAGAGAGGGAGGAUUUAUCUGAAGGCUGAGGUCACCGAUGAAAAGCUCCAUGUCACAGUACGAGAUGCAAAAAAUCUAAUCCCUAUGGAUCCCAAUGGGCUUUCAGAUCCUUAUGUGAAGCUGAAACUUAUUCCUGACCCCAAGAAUGAAAGCAAACAGAAAACCAAAACCAUUCGCUCCACACUAAACCCUCAGUGGAAUGAGUCCUUCACAUUCAAAUUAAAACCUUCAGACAAAGACCGACGACUGUCUGUAGAGAUCUGGGACUGGGAUCGAACAACACGGAAUGACUUCAUGGGUUCCCUUUCCUUUGGUGUCUCAGAGCUGAUGAAGAUGCCAGCCAGUGGAUGGUACAAGUUGCUCAACCAAGAAGAGGGUGAAUACUACAACGUGCCCAUCCCAGAAGGGGAUGAAGAAGGCAAUGUGGAACUCAGGCAGAAGUUUGAGAAAGCCAAGCUCGGCCCUGCUGGUAACAAAGUCAUCAGCCCUUCAGAAGACAGGAAGCAACCAUCCAACAACCUUGACAGGGUGAAGCUCACAGACUUCAAUUUCCUCAUGGUGCUGGGGAAGGGAAGUUUUGGGAAGGUGAUGCUCGCUGACAGGAAGGGAACAGAGGAACUGUAUGCCAUCAAAAUCCUGAAGAAGGACGUGGUGAUCCAGGAUGAUGACGUGGAGUGCACCAUGGUGGAAAAGCGGGUUCUGGCCCUGCUCGACAAGCCCCCGUUCCUGACACAGCUGCACUCCUGUUUCCAGACAGUGGACCGGCUGUACUUCGUCAUGGAAUAUGUCAACGGUGGGGACCUCAUGUACCACAUUCAGCAAGUAGGGAAAUUUAAGGAACCGCAAGCAGUAUUCUACGCAGCGGAGAUCUCCAUUGGACUGUUCUUCCUUCACAAAAGAGGAAUCAUUUACAGGGAUCUGAAGCUGGACAAUGUCAUGUUGGAUUCAGAAGGACAUAUCAAGAUCGCUGAUUUCGGGAUGUGCAAGGAGCACAUGAUGGAUGGAGUCACGACUAGGACCUUCUGUGGGACUCCCGAUUACAUUGCCCCAGAGAUAAUUGCUUACCAGCCGUAUGGAAAAUCUGUGGACUGGUGGGCGUACGGUGUGCUGCUGUAUGAGAUGCUCGCCGGGCAGCCUCCGUUUGAUGGCGAAGAUGAGGAUGAGCUGUUUCAGUCUAUAAUGGAGCACAACGUGUCCUACCCCAAAUCCUUGUCCAAGGAGGCUGUCUCCAUCUGCAAAGGACUUAUGACCAAACACCCUGCCAAGCGGCUGGGCUGCGGGCCUGAGGGAGAGAGGGAUGUCAGAGAGCAUGCCUUCUUCAGGAGGAUCGACUGGGAAAAACUGGAGAACCGGGAGAUCCAGCCACCAUUCAAGCCCAAAGUGUGUGGCAAAGGAGCUGAAAACUUUGACAAGUUCUUCACGCGAGGACAGCCCGUCUUAACACCACCAGAUCAGCUGGUCAUUGCUAACAUAGACCAGUCUGAUUUUGAAGGGUUCUCGUAUGUCAACCCCCAGUUUGUGCACCCAAUCUUGCAAAGUGCAGUAUGAAAUCUGAAAAUGAGAGAUCAAAUGCCUCCCCAGCCCCCAGCCUCCCCAGCAGUGGGAAAUGAUCUUUAACCUAAAAUUUUAAGGCUAUGGCCUUGUUCCACACAGAGACCUGAAAAUUCUAAGGACAUUAGGCUGUAAGUGAUCAACUUUUCAGGUUCUCUCUCUCUCUCUCUCUCUCUCUCUCUCUCUCUCUCUCCUCUUUUACAAUGAAGAACAUUAUCUUAGUGGAUGAUGACAUAAUGAACAGAGUCCAGCUUAAUUAUGUAGAAGCACAUCUUACUCUAAGUUAAUUCUUCCUAGAAAACAAAGAGAUUUGUACUCCCUCCCCCUUUUGGUACGAUUUGAUAUAUUCUCCAUACCCUCCAUCUUUGGAUUUUCAUCAUGAGGAUCCCUCAACCAGAGAUAGUAAAGUGAACUGCUCCAGCUCAAGCACUGGAAACAUCUCAACCCAAGGUGUCUUUGGAAUGAAAGAACAGGAAACCCAAAGAGUAAGCAAUGACAGGUUGGGGGGUAGUAGUGUCUUCAAGACUCCAUUUCUUCUAUUCUCCACUUCAAUGGAGACAGUCCCCAGAAUCUGAGAGGGCACAUGUCACAGCACAACCAUAGUGCAGCAGUGUGAGAAUAAAAGGAAACUUCAAACGGAUAUCCACUGAAUCUAUCAUCUGUGUAGCCCCACUUGGUUGAUAACUGUCUUGAUAACUCAUUCUUUUUAAGAGGCCAAAUCAUGUAAGGACAUUGCUAAACAAGCAUGUGAAAUCAUUUCAGAUCAAGGAUAAACCAUGUGUAUGUUCAUUUUAAUCUCUGGGAGAUGAUUCUUCAAUCCAGGGUGCCAUCAGUAAUCAUGCCACUAUUCACGAGUGUUGUUAGCCAACCCCUCACACAUGAUAAUAUUUUGCUACCUUUGUGGGUACCCUUCCUAAGAAGCCGAUGUGUACGCCCCUAUCCCUUUUUGUACUAUUUAUUUAAUAAGCUGCAGUGUCAUUUAUGAAAGUACAAUGUAUAAUAAUUUAAUCAAAGUGUUGACUAGCAUCAGUCCCUAUCAAUUGGUUUUCCUCCUUUUCUCUAGCCCUACCAUCCACUUAGAGAUGAAAAACAGUAUAGUUUGUGCUCCCAUUCCCAGUUCCUAUCAAAUGACACACCUGGAGCUGUAGGCUCAAGAUACUUUAUGCUUAUAUCAGCUCAAAGAUGUUUUCUUUCUAGAAGGAUUUUAAUAUGUUUUGUGAGUGCAUCAUGCAAUGGAUCUUGCAUGUUUAUAACAAACCUUAAUAACAAGUUAAUCUAUAUUAUUGAUAUAAUUAUAUCAAAUAUAAAGAGUAUUAUGAUAAUUUUUAUAAGACACAAUUGUGCUAUAUUUGUGAAGGCUCCUGUUUCCAGUCUGCUUUAUGUGUUAGCUUUAUUCAUUGCUGCUCUGCUCUCUCUUACCUGCAACCCCACACACUGGCACUCUAUCAGAUAUAUUAAUUUUUUAAUGUAGAUGUAAUUUUAAAAAUGAAUGGCUCCUUUACACAUUUAACUAGGCUUUUACUAUAUAUGUGUAUAUAUGUGUAUAUAUAUAUUUGAUUCUACCUGCAAACCCUGGUUUUGUUUGUGGGAAUUAUUUUUGAGAUGAGACUCUGUUAACUUCAUGUCCUCCUUUGUCUGGGUUCCUCCCCCACUCCUCCUCUUGGGGAUAGCUGGAGGCAUCUAAUUCCAGUACGCCUGAUGUGUUUGUGUACGUGUGGCAUUGUUACAGCACCUGGGCUGAACCCUGUGUGUGUGUGUGUAUGUGUGUGUGUGUGUCUGUGUCUGUGUCUGUGUCUGUGUGUCUGAGUGUGUGUGUGUCUGUCUUACUCUUUUGAGCCUCUGUCUUUUGGGGACUCUAGGGGUAAAAGGGUGAGAGGAUUCUUUUCUGUAUGUUCAUAUAGACACACCAGAAGUAUGUAGUCUGUCUUCUUGCCCUAGAAUGACCCAGUGUGUACUCCAGAACACACAAACUCCAUAAGACAAACUUUAUCCCCAUGCCUAUGUACAACCAUCCCUGAAGCUGCCACCAACAGACUCUUCUCAGAGGCACACACUGUCUUAAAGCUGUUGCUAGAACAUUCCAGUCUUUGAAGAGCACAUCUUUGGUCAAACGCCUUCCCAGUCCAUGGUGUUUAGGAGAGGCAGGCUUUUGCAGCAUAAAGAACAGGUGGAAAUGGAAGUUCCCACCUGUCCUUAUAGAAGCUCUCACCUGUCCUUAUAGGGGCAUUCUCCCCAGAGCAUCUCUCAGCCCUCUUUGUUAUUCUCCACCUGUCUGCCUGACAGUCAAUAAUGUGCAAACCACCAAGAGUGUUUGAGAUAAGGAGCAUAAGCUGUUCUGAAAAACCCCCUAUCAGAAGGAAAUAUGGAGUCAGGAAUGGGCCCAAUCCAAAAGAGAGCACUUUCCUCUGUAAUUUUUUUAUGAAUUCUGGACUUCAGAACUCCAAAAGGGUCUCAUGUAUUACUCUUAGAAGUCCAGCUCAUCAUCUUGGUGGCCAGCCUUAUCAAAAACACCAUACUUGGUCCAACAGUAAAGGAACUGGCUUAUGAGCCUUGGAAAUGAAAGGAUUGUUCUUUACCAAGUGGAACAGCAACAGGGCUGAUUCCCAGGGAACCUCUCAAGGUGAGGGAAGCCACAGAGAAGAAACACAAGGGUUGUAGACAAUCUGUCCCAAGGAGCCAAGCUGCCUGCUUGCUUUAAGCAAGUAGCAGGCUUGAGUUUUCCCUUAAGUAGCCAACAUCCAGCUCCAAGUGACUUCUCUAGAAAACAUAUGCAAAUCCCUUGAGUGGCUUGUGUGCUUAGAGAAUAUGAAACAACAUUCUCAAAAGGGAGGGAAAAAAGAAAAAAGAAAACAUGACAUAGCCACAGAGAAACCUAGGAAAAAUGAUAACAAUUUAAGGAUGUAUUCAUGAUGCAGCCUAUUUUAUACACUGCUGAGUGUUAAAUUUAGAUAAAGGCUAAUACUUUAAAGAUCUGGGCAGCCUGAGACAUUUAUUGCUGCAAAACUAACUUGUGUAUAGCCAUUGACAGCUCUUAGGCAGGACCAACGGAUACAAUUCUACACCAUUGCCCACUAUACAGGCCUUGUGUGAAAUGGGGCUCCAGGAAAAAGACUGCCAUUUGAACUGAAACAACCACUGUGGCAGCUGGAAUCAGGAGGGUGCCUUGGGGAGCUCUUUAGGAAGCACCUGGUCUCAGUCAGACUCUGCCUGCAAUGGCAGGUCCUGUGGACAGAACCUAGCACAAUCUGAGUCUCCACAGGACCCAUCUGGCUGUGACCCAGAAAAUCCACUGAAAUUGCUUUGUAUUAUAUUCCCCUGGAAGCUGCCAUUGCUCAGUGGCAGCUCCUCCCUCUUCCACCUCAGGCCAGUGGGCUGCUAGCUCUGCUUUUGGCAUGGCAUCUAAAGUUCUCCAGUUGAACGGAAGAUGCUGGAGUAUGCUGCCAGGUACAGCCCUGGGCAGUUAAUGGGAGGCCCACCUCCAUGCAGGAGCUUAUUCAGGAGGUAAAGGAGAAGCCCCAGGAACUAAAAUGACUGCCCUUCACCACAUCACACUCUGCUCUCUGGGGCCUGGUUUGAGCCUUCUCUUUAGUUGGCCUUUUUAUUAGUAAUUUGAGAAAUUUAGGAGGCCAAGAGUUUUCUGAAAGCUUGGCCUGCGAUGGUCACAUGAAAGAUCACCAGAGGCCAGUUUCAAUCCUUAGGUGUUGUCGCUCAUUUGCUACCGUUCUUAGCAGUGUGUGGUGGCUUGCCAAGCCCAAAAGACCUACCCAUUGAUGUGUCCCAAAGAGGAAGAGGCUGAAGUCAACACCAUCAGGGAAGAGCAGGGUGUGAGUUCACCCAAAAAGACAUGGAAGGCGGGGGAGAGGCUUUCCAUGGGGGUCAUUGUUGCACAUGGAAGUUACCCUUUGUUGGUCUUGAAAUGUGUGAUUUUUGUCAGGGAUACAGUCUGUUUUUUCUCAGACCCUCCCAGCUGUAAGAAGCCCUUUGCCCUGGGUAGAGUCAGGCCAGCCAGCAGACCCUGGAAGGAAGCCACUAAGGCUAAGCCUCUUUGCCUCUUGUAAUUACGGCAGCUGAGACUUGGUGCACAAGUUGGAAAAACAAACAACAACAACAACAACAACAAAAAAAAACAGCCAACAGUGUCCUGCCAGUUUCUGCUUAGCAGGAAAAAUAGGAAGGCUUUGUGCAAGGCUUUCUUUUCCCAAAAUGGAAGAGAGAGGAGACUGAGAGUCAUGUGCUUUUAAAUGCCUCAGCAAGGCAACACCACCUGACAGUGUCUCACCUUCCCUCUGUGUCACACUGUUUCCUAUUUGUUUACAGCCCCAGAAGGGCAGGGGUGCCUGCCCCUGCCCCAUGACUGAGCACACCAAACAGGCAUGCUCAGGAGAUGCAUGCUGAGCCAGGGACCUGAAAGGAUGCUGACCAUGAGAGGUUUAGGACCAUGGUUAGCAGUGGCUUUCCUAACACUAACUUGACUCAAUGUUAGGAAACAGGUUUGGAAAAUUGUUUUCUUUAAACUGCUGCCAAAUAUGCUGGACGGUCAAGACUGCUGGCAUGUCUUGUGUGGGCCAGUGCAGCAAAUCUAGAGAAAGCUGUUUUUUUCUGCUAUUAGAAUAAUCCAGAAAAUUGGGAAAGGGUGUUUGAGACAUGCACAGAUGCAGUGUUCUAGAAAUGAUGUCCACUGUUCCUGGUGAUAGGGCAGCAUCAGGACUCAAUGGCUAAAAGGAUGUAUGGCUCAGCUUUCUGUGCCCCUCAUUCAUGUGGUCAGGUAUGAGUCAAUAAACACACUGAACACACUUAAGUCAUUAAACAGCCUUACUGUGACCCUCCCCAGAAGCCCACAAGUUCCAAAGACUUUUUUUUUUUAAACCCAAAACAAGAAAUUGACUUAUUAACUCCAGUAGAAGACCUGAAUAUCCUGGGCUAUUUGUACUUUUUUAUAGAGAACUUUAAUAACUCAAUUCUUUUCCAAUGAGUUUUUUAAAAUAAAACUAAUAAAAAUUUCAUAAAAUUCCAAUUCCAUGGAGCCUAUAGGAGGAUUUAAUCCAAGUUGGGUAGAGCACCCUUGACCUGCAAUCCCACUGCAGGAAUUUUCACACACCAGUCAAGUCUGGAGCCCACAUAUCUUUAAACUGUAGGAAGGUGGCUUCAGAGGCCCCCUUCCUGAUUCAGCCCUGGGAGAGCAUUCUUGGGGGUCUCGAGGACCCCCUCCUCUUGCUCUCUAAGAGUCUGUGAACAAGAAGGGAUGCUUCUUCAACUCUGUCUCCAGUUGCUUCUGGUCCCUCUGUCUCUCACACUUGGUCAAGAUAGAGAGAUGCCCUCUAAGGGUUUUGCCCGCUGGGCAGUUCAAAGCUACUAUCCCAAGAAGGAAGAGCGGCAUCGAGUGUGCCUAAGGCAUCUGCUUCCAUUUCCCCGUGUACGAGUAGACAGAACCCUACUUUUAGAAAAUAGCUAUUGUCCCACUUUGUAAGAACCCCCUUUUCUAAAAUAUGACAAAAGGCGACUUUGCACUUUCUGAUUAAAAAACUGUGUCUUUUGUCUCCUGCUUCAUUUAAAGACUAUUCUGUGAUCAAUGUUUGUAGAUUUUUGUUAAUAUUUUGCCUGGAAAAAAUGUGACUCUCUCUUUGGGAGGUUUGGUAGACUGUUGGAAAUUAUACACCAAGGUGGCUACUAUUUUGAGCCUAAGUGUUUUCUAAGAAUCGGCUUCCUGUCCUGACUAUGAAGGUUUUUGAGAUUAUCUUUUAUAGGCGAUGAGAAGCAUUGGAAGUCGCGUUUCCUACUUGGUUUCUGUUUUGUUUUAUGAAGGACACGCCAUGUUCAAAUCUCUCAUUGAAAAACACCAUGCAAAACCCCAAAUUGGUUUGGAGGAAGGAGUGAAGGUUGAGGUUUUCUGCCUGAAUAGGCCACCAUUAGUGAUAAGCCAGAGGGGCUGUGCCACUGCUUACUUGGUUAGCUAGCCGGUGAGAAGGAUAUGUAAAUUACUGCAUAGCUUUUUUGGAUUUGUGUAACCUCUAAUCUUUGUUUGCAUGAUUCGCUUUGUUAGAUGCAUUCAUUGUAGUUCGGAAGCAAGUGUGUAUGAAUAAAGAUACUGAUCACUGCUAA